AUGACCUCGGAGAUAGAGUCUGGUGUAAGGGAGAACAGUCGAAUAACACCUCCUAAUGGCAUUGGGGUCCAUGCAGAAGACACCAAAGCUCGGUCCUCGAGCGAAAGUAUCAGAGAACUUCCUUCAUAUCAAAGCAGCGACAGUUUAAGUCUUGAGGAACGUACCACUAGAGAUUAUGUUGCCGAAGAGCACAAAAUUGUCGAGACCGCAGAGGAUAUUGUCCAUCAGGUUCUCAGCGUCGAAGACGAUCAUACGCUCAAUCCAUGGACCUUUCGCAUGCUUUCCUUAGGACUCGGACUGUCUAUCUUCGCCUCUGUGCUCCAGGAGAUCUUCUACUUCAAGCCACAGACAAUCUUCGUCUCGAGCGUGUUCUUAUGUGUCAUUGCGUAUGUGCUUGGUGAGACCAUGGCCAAAAUUCUGCCCAGUAAGGGUGUCAUUGGAAGCUACCUCAAUCCCCAUCCUUUCAAUAUGAAGGAGCAUGCCGCUAUUACGCUAAUGGCUUCCGCGGCUGGGCAAGCUGCCUUGUCGACCGAGGUACUUGCAGCACAGGAACUCUGGUAUGGCGGAUAUCCGAGUAAGACCCUCGGCGUCUUCAUUACAUUAUCAAGUCAACUCAUCGGCUAUGGCAUCGCGGGUCUCCUCAGAGAAGUACUCGUAUAUCCUACUAGAAUGCUGUGGCCAAGCAACCUGCCAGUCUCUACUCUGCUGGAGAGUCUCCACAAAGACAAAAUCGGGGCGAGACAGAAGAUGAAGUUCUUCUACAUCAUGUUCAUCGCGAUAUUCGUCUGGGAGCUAUUUCCGGAGUACCUCUUUCCAGUAUUGGAGGGAGUCUCGAUCUUCUGUCUCGCCAAUCAGAAGAACAUAGUAUUUACUAAUCUGUUCGGCGGGGCUAGUGGCAACGAAGGACUUGGUUUUCUCAGUCUCUGCUUCGAUUGGCAAUACAUUGCUUCGCUUGGCAGCCCACUCUGGUUACCGUUAGAGACACUGGCUAACGCUUUUGUUGGCUACAUUGGUUGCAUUGCACUGUUCAUAGGUCUCUACUACGGCAAUCUCUGGCGUGCGCAAGACUUCCCGUUCUUGGCACAAGUUUUGUUUACUGGCGAGAGUAAUGGCACUUUCUAUGAUGUGUACAACCAGUCACUCAUCUUGAACUCGAAGAUGGAGAUUGACCCGGCGCUGCUCGAUGCUCAAGGCCUACCUCAUUUCUCUGCAACUUACAUUGGCUUUCUCAUCACGUCAAAUAUGGGAUUUACUGCUACCUUCAUUCAUAUGCUUCUAUGGAACUUCGACGAUAUCAAAGCUGGAUGGACUUGGGCCAAACUAAGCAACCUUCGGAAAAUGUUUGAGCUUCGGACCUACAAAUUUUGGCAGAACCAAGAAUCACCCGAAGAUCGCCUAGCCAGGAAAGAGGCAGAUCCCAGUCUCGAUCCUCACUAUAAGCUUAUGCUUCGUAACCUCUAUCCAGAGACUCCAUUAUGGUGGUGGGGUGCCGUUGUGGUCAUAUCCUGGGCAGUUGGACUCGGUUGUCUCUACGGCAUGGACUCGACGCUUCCUUGGUGGGGUUUCUUAUUGUCGACCGCCCUAACAUUUAUAUUCGUUUUGUUCUUUGGCGCUCAAAUGGGCAUCACUGGGUUUGGGUUCAAUCUUCAGCCCAUGUGUCAGAUGCUUGCUGGCUAUAUGUUCAAAGGUCGUCCUCUAGCUAACAUGGUAACUCUUCCUCCCAGUAUGCUAAUAACCUCGUUGUGUUUCAGCUACAAUGCUUUAAUGCAGGCGCAGGUUCUGGCCAGCGAUUUGAAACUUGCGCAGUUCAUGCACUUAGCGCCCAAAACGACCUUUUUCUGCCAGAUUUGUGGGUGUCUAGUGGGCGCGCUGUUCAACUAUGUCAUGAUGAUCUCUAUCGUUGAUAAUCAGGCUCCUAUUCUCAAAUCUAUACAGGGUAGUAAUAUUUGGAGCGGACAAAGCGUCCAGCAUCUCGCCAUCGCCUGGUCCAUGCCCGCCGAGCUUUUCUCCAUCGGCGGCAAAUACGAAUGGGUUACCAUUUCUCUCCUUGUGGGCGUCAUUGUUCCCAUACCCUUCUGGCUGGCCUACCGAUACACCAAACGCCCCUUCUUCAAGUACAUGAAUCUAUCCAUCAUCUUGUGGUACAUGGGUCUCUUAUGUGUCGGUAUCAAUGCCAGUAUCACCAUGUCCUUUAUCAUUGGCUUCUUCUCCCAGUGGUACUUGCGUCGACGCUACCCUGAGCUGUUUGUCAAGUACAACUACACUGCUAGUGCAGCACUCGAUGGUGGCACUCAAGUUCUGGUCUUUAUCUUGACAUUUGCAGUAUUUGGUGGAAAUGGCAAGAGCAGACCUUUUCCUACCUGGGCUGGCAAUCCGGAUACUACAAAGCACAACUUGGACUACUGCAUGGUCAAUCCUGCGACAUCGAGCUGA